AUGGCGUCGGUGUCACCAUCAGCGGCAACGGAGAGCGACAGCAAGAAGAGCGUCAAGGAUCUUACACUGGUAUUCUGCAGGAGAACAAAGCGGAGUUCGGAUAUCGGCUCUGAAGGUGGUGGUGGCGGUGGCAGCAGCGGCGACAGCGACGAUGACGCCAAGGAAAUACUUUUGGGCAUGAAGAAGCGAGGCUUUGGCGAGGGAAAGUGGAACGGUUUUGGGGGCAAGGUGGAGAGCGGGGAAUCCGUGGAGGAGGCGGCGAAACGGGAGUUGAUGGAGGAAGCUGGCGUGACCGCGCGGGAGCUUUCCUUGCGAGGGAGGCUGAUUUUUCAUGUGCCCUCCUACCCCUCGGUCAUGAGAGUUCACGUGUACGAGGCGGUUUCCUUCGAAGGGGAACCUGAGGAGUCGGAGGAGAUGCGACCACGGUGGUUCAGAAUCAGAGAUCUGCCCCUAAAGGAAAUGUGGGCCGACGACGAGCACUGGAUGCCCCUGUUCCUGGAAGGGAAAUCCUUCCGAGGAGAGUUCCAUUUCUCAGACGAGCAGACCAUCCUCCGUCAUGUUUUGGAGGCCGUCACCCCGCAGGAAAUGAUGCAAGUAGUCUUGAGAGAGCACGGCAUGGAUGCGAAACGGCAGUGCACGUAAAAGGAAACCACUACCGCGUGUUUGACCUGCUAAUAGCAGCCCUUCCGACGGGAACCCCCUUUCUCAGAUGAGUAGACCAUCCUCCGUCAUGUUUUGGAGGCCAUCACCCCGCAGGAAAUGAUGGAAGCAGUCUCGUGAGAGCACGACAUGGAUGAGAAACGAUAGUGCACAUAAAAGGAUCCACUACAGC